ACUCAAAUCUCUGCUCUCCGACCAAUCUCCGGCGCACUCUCCAUUUCGCUCCGUUCACUGAUUACCUCCAGCUCGGUUUUGCUUCCCUCUUCCUCUUCCUCUUCCUCUACACGUCGGGCGUUCGUCUUGUUCUAGGGUUUUCAUAUUGUAGCUCCGUCCGUGAAUUUGAAGGAAAUGGAGCCGUUUCAUAAGUGGACGACUUAUGUGAGUACUUCCGAGGUGGUGUAAUGGUUGGGGAGUAAUUAGGGUUUCCGGGGCUCCUGAGAAAAUUGGGAGGUUAUUUUAAGUGAAUUUAGUUUGAUUUGGGGAAAUAAAGUGGGAAUUUUUGGUAUUGAGGUAAGAUUUGGAGAAUUUGCUGUGCUGGGAAAAUUAGGGUUUUUUCUGGGUCUACUGUAAAUUAGUUGGAUUUGAUUUGUUUUGAGUUUCUGGUGGUGAAAUUUAUGGUUUUGGAGCUCAGCUGGAUCUGGAUAGGUGAAAUUUGAAGUGUUUCUGUUUGCUACUUUUUGGGAGGAGGUUUCAUUAAGCUUGAUUUUUUCAGUUUUUUUUUUGGUGUUUAGGGUUCUUUCUUAACCGGAGAGCCAAAAAAGGGUUCUUUCUGGACUAAGUGGAAUGCUAUUGUGUAGUAUCUAGGGUUUGGUUCUGGUUUUGGGAGAGAAAUGUUUUACUCACAGUUUAUAUUGGCCAAGAAAGGCCCCUUGGGAACGAUAUGGAUAGCAGCACAUCUGGAGAGGAAGCUCCGAAAGAAUCAAGUUGCGGAUACUGAUAUUGGCAUCUCAGUUGAUUCAAUUCUAUUUCCUGAAGUGCCCAUUGCCCUCCGAUUGUCCAGUCAUCUUCUUCUUGGUGUAGUGAGGAUAUAUUCUAGAAAGGUGAAUUACCUUUUUGAUGAUUGCAGUGAGGCUUUGCUCAAGAUAAAGCAAGCUUUUCGUUCCACUGCAGUUGAUUUACCACCAGAAGAAUCUACUGCUCCAUAUCAUUCCAUUACAUUGCCAGAGACUUUUGAUCUUGAUGACUUUGAGUUGCCAGACAAUGAAAUCUUUCAGGGUAACUACGUUGAUCACCAUGUUAGUUCAAGGGAGCAGAUCACACUACAAGAUACAAUGGAUGGUGUGGUGUACUCAACAUCACAAUUUGGGUUGGAUGAGAGGUUUGGUGAUGGUGACACUUCUCAGAUUGGUUUGGACCUUGAUGAGGAGCUAUUCUUGGAAAAGGAUACAGCUUCAGGGGAUAAUGAAGUUUCCAAGUCCGACCCUCAAGGUUCAGAUGAAACAAUGACAAUAAUAAAAAAUGAUGCAAGUAACUUAGAAGCUAUGCCAAUUAAUGACGAUGGAGAUCAGAUUGAAGGUCUGCAUGCAAAUUCUGAAUUCUUUGAGUAUGCUCAUGCUCCAGCUACUCCUGGAUUGGUGGAAGUGCCUAACUUAUCUAGUGUUCAAGAGGCACUUGCUUCUGAUGAUCAUAUUGAAUCAGCAGAUCAGGAUCUGACAAAACCAGCUGCUGCAGAAAAUGUAGAAUCUCCUAGCUGCUCAAAUAUUACCUAUGACACAGUGGAUGCUGGUCCUCGAACCACAUCAAAUAGCAACUUUAUGCCUACAUCAGAAUGCUUUUCAGAGAAUGAUCAAGUUACAGUUAAUAAGCCAGCUGAUCAUAAUGAUGCUGAAACCACCAAAAACUCAAAUACUUACUGUCCAUUGGAGUCACCUUAUAGACCAACAGUUGUUGAUGAUGAAACUCAGGCUUGUCUGGAACCAAAAGAUACUGUUCAAGAAGAGGUCUCAUCUGCUCAUAUGCACGCACUUCGGCCAUGUACUUCAUGUUAUGAUCAACCUGAUAUGCCUUCUCUUGGAGAAUAUUUAGAAUUUCUUCCAAAUAGGCAGAAUGAAGUUGCAGAGCAAGGUGAAGGCUGCCAAAAUGUGCCAGAACUUGUUUUAUGUGAGGAGAUCAAGGGAGAUGAUAGAAAUUCUGGCAAGCAACGAGACAGCUUGAUCUCUUUUGAUGAUCAAUGGGAAAAUUCAAAUGAUCAUGCGACUUCUGACUUGCCUGCACCUGAGAAGUUGCUCUCGGUUCCAGAAGGAAUUACUGAUAAACCGACUAAUCUGCUAGUUGAAUCUACACCAGAUAGAGAGACCUUAAUAGGAACUGAUGGAAUUGGUGCUGGCACCAAGCCUGUUUCAGGGAAAAAACGAAAUUACACAGAAAGUACACUAACCGUGGAGAGUAUAAACUCAGUUGAAUCAUUUGGACAGACUCGCCCCAAGAGAACUGCAGAUUCCAUUCCUGAUGAUGAUGAUUUAUUGUCUUCUAUUCUAGUUGGAAGAAAAUCUUCAGUUUGGAAAAUGAAACCAACACCUGAAGUAGCUUCUGCAAAACGUGCUCAGUCUGCAUCUCGGCGUAGUGCGUCAAAGAGGAAGGUGCUUAUGGAUGAUGCCAUGGUCUUGCACGGCGAUACCAUACGCCAGCAGUUGACUGAUACUGAAGACAUACGUCGUGCACGCAAGAAAGCACCUUGUACACGUCCUGAGAUUUCAAUGAUUCAGAGACAAUUUUUGGAAGAUGAAAUCUUCAGCAAACCCAUAUUUACAGGUAUGUCAACGGAACUGGCAUCUCUACACAGUGAAACAUAUGAUCUGAGUGGAACCAGAAUUUCUGAAGUUGAUGAAAGUUAUGCUCCUCCUGAAGUGGCAAAGGAUCCUGAGUUCUCCAUUAGGCCUGACAUUGCCAAUGAAAGUGGUAUUGAAGAAACAGUUCAUGGAGAUGAUAUUGAAGCACAACCUGUUGGGACAGCCCAGACUGAAAGCCAGCAGCGUGAAACCCCAAAUAUUGAUACUGAACAUAUCAAUGAUGCUGCUGGUCCAUCUGAACCUUUACAAUGGGAACCUUUAAAUGAGAUGGCUGAAAUGGAAAUUGAUAAAGGACCUGCUGAAGUUGCUGAUGGUGAAAAUAUUGUUGCUGUAGAAUCUGCAACAAAAGAAAGAGACAAGUUUUUGGGUGAAGAAAUUAAUGCUAGUACAUUUGUUGAAAUCAAUACAGAUAUUCAUCCUACUGAAAAUGGAAAUGACUCUCUUGCAACUUCAUAUGUGGAAACUGGAGGAUUUCUUAAUGGUGACCAAGCUGCAGAUGAAGUUAGAAUUAAUGAGGUGGGUGAAGUGAACGGGGAUUUGGUUAAGGAUGCAGAUAUGGAGGUUGAUGACAAGGAUCCAACCCAUAUCUGUAAUGAAGAACCUAAAAUGGAUUCUAUAUACUCAAUAGAACUUGAUACUGCCAUCAGAAGUUCAUCAAAUGAUGGAGAAAAACCAGCCAUGAAUGAAGUUGAUGCUGUAGAUGCAGAAAUUAUUGCCCAGGACCACUGUAAUGUGGAUAAUCAGACAUUAUUUGGCAUGUUACAGGAAUCUGGAAAUUUUGUGAUUGCAAAUGACACAGAAUUUCUGAACGUAGAUGAUGAGUUAGGUGAAGAAGAUGAAGAUGGCAUGCCAUAUGGUGAUGAAACUGGUAUUCUUGACAAUAGUGGCUGGUCUGCCCGUACCAGGGCGGUUGCCAAGUACUUGCAGAAUUUAUUUGACAAUGAAGCUGUCCAUGGCAGAAAGGUUCUUGCCAUGGACAGUCUAUUGGCUGGUAAAACUCGAAAAGAAGCAGCAAGGAUGUUUUUCGAAACACUGGUUCUCAAGACCAAGGAUUACAUCCAUGUAGAACAGCCAAGGGCCCUUGACAACAUUGGCAUAAAACCCCGAGCGAAGCUCAUGAAAUCAGAUUUCUGAUCUCCCUCACGCAGAAAGGCAGAAGGGUAUACUCGAGAAAAGAUGAUUUAGCUGUAGUUUGGCUGACGCAUGGCCUAUAGUGUCAAAAUCUUUUUCUGUUCAAAAUCACUUCCUCUUUGUUAGUUCAUGUAGUUGUUAGUGGUUUAACACACGUCAUCAUGUUGUUUGUAGCAUCAAUAUAUACUUAUGUGUAUAUAUGAUCUGUAAAAUAUCUCAAAUCAGCAAUUGAGAUUGCUAAUUUAUUUGUUUUGAUUUUAGCUGCGUUUCCCCUGAGUUCAGGGGAUGGAACCAAUCUCAUCCUUCAGAAAUGCCAGUGAGAAAGUGGUGUUCCCUGUAGCUAUAAUGAGAAAGCAUGAUAUACUGCAGAAAGUCAUUCGGAAAGCAUCUAAAUAGUUUCGACAUGUUUCCUCAUUAAAGGGACACCUGUGAC